UCAGUCUCAGCUUAUGGGCUGUUACUAAAGGUAAAAAUCAUUCUCCUAAGAGCUCAGACAUGUUGUUAAUGAAAUAGUCUGCCUGUAAUGGGAUGCUUUUCAGUUUCAGAAACAACAGCAUAAAAUUGUUGUAUCAUGUUGCUCGUAUGAAGCCUAAUAUGAGAGAAUAAUCAAUUACUUUCCUUGGCUUAAAUGACCUGUCAGAGGAGGCAUUUGCAUUAAAACUAAUGCUUGUCAGCAGCACAAAUGCUGAAAGGUGGAAAGCUUUUGGUGCAAAUAAUAAUUUUUUGAGCGAGAAAGACUCUGGAAAGUGUCAGAAUCACAUCUCUGUGUUUGAUGUUACCGUGAUGAGUUUGGCAAACUGGGCAAAAUAGAAGAUCCUGAAAUUGUUCCCACGGAGUCUGAGGGAGGCCUGUAUGUGUGUAUGAACACAUUCCUGGGCUUUGGUCGAGAACAUGUGGAGCGACAUUAUCGCAAAACAGGACAGAGCGUUUACAUGCACCUCAAACGGCACGUCAAAGAGAAAGCCACAGGAGCUGCUGGAGGCGGCGCCAUCCCCAGAAGAAGAAAUGGAAAAGUGUUUCUAGAUUUAGAGCUGAACCGUGAUUUUAACGGGGAGGACUACGAAUACGAGGAUGAGGCCAAGCUCGUCAUUUUUCCAGACCACUUCGAGAUCCCCUUACCAAAUAUUGAGGAGUUGCCCGCUCUGGUGACCAUCGCCUGUGAUGCAGUACUCAAUGCACCAUCAGCUUACAAGAAACAGGAGCCUGAGUCCUGGGAGGAGGAGAUCCAGGUGUCUCGACAUGCCAGAAGCCUCAGACAGCUGGAUAACGGGGUCAGGAUCCCACCCAGUGGCUGGAAGUGUCAGAAGUGUGAGAUGAGAGAGAACCUGUGGCUGAACCUGACAGACGGAGCAGUGCUCUGUGGGAAGUGGUUCUUUGAUGGGAGCGGUGGUAACGGCCAUGCGCUGGAGCACUACAGAGAGACCAACUACCCUCUGGCUGUCAAACUGGACACCAUCACUCCAGAUGGAGCAGACAUCUAUUCGUUUGAGGAAGAAGAAGCUGUGUUGGACCCGCACGUAUCAGAGCACCUGUCACAUUUUGGAAUAGACAUGCUGCAGAUGCAGAAAGGAACAGAAAACGGGCACCACACAGACAAUAAGCCCCGGCCGCGGGUCAGCGAGUGGGAGGUGAUCCAAGAGUCGGGCAUGAAGCUGAAGGAGGUGUACGGCUCUGGUUAUACAGGCAUCAAAAAUCUGGGAAGCAGCUGCUACCUUAGUACGGUAAUGCAGGUCCUCUUCAGCAUCCCAGACCUCCAAAGGAUGUAUGUGGGUAACCUUCAGAGGAUAUUUGACUACUCACCUCUUGACCCCACCCAGGACUUUGCAACUCAAAUGGCUAAACUGGGACAUGGACUGCUUUCAGGCCAGUACUCCAAACCGCCCAUGAAAUCUGAGCUCAUUGAACAGGUGAUGAAAGAAGAAUACAAGGUGUUAAACUGGCACCAGCAGAAGGGCAUCUCUGCUCGAAUGUUGAAGGCUCUGGUCAGCAGGGGACACCCAGAGUUUUCCUCCAACAGACAACAAGAUGCUCAUGAAUUCCUCCUGCACAUGAUCAACCUGGUGGAGAGGAACAGCGCAGGCUCAGAGAAUCCAAGUGAUGUGUUUCGCUUCCUGGUGGAGGAGCGAGUUCAGUGCUGCCAGACUCGUCGUGUCCGUUACACUCAGCGGGUUGACUACUGCAUCCAGCUGCCCGCUCCAUUUGAGGCCGCCAGCAAUCGAGAGGAGCUACUUGCAUAUGAGGUCAAGCGUAAGGAAGCAGAAGAGAACAUGCGUCCCCCUCCUGAACCAGUGAGAGCGCGGAUCCCUUUCACUGCUUGUCUGCAGGCCUUCACAGAGCCGGAAAAUGUUCCUGAUUUCUGGAGCUCGGCACUGCAGGCCAAGUCAGCUGGAGUCAAAACUUCCCGAUUUGCCUCGUUCCCAGAGUAUCUGGUGGUGCAGAUUAAGAAAUUCACAUUUGGAGUUGAUUGGGUGCCGAAAAAACUAGAUGUGGCCAUUGACGUUCCCGACUUCCUGGAUCUGAACCGGCUCCGAGCCACGGGGCUGCAGGCAGGUGAAGAAGAGCUGCCAGACCUCAUGCCUCCCAUUGUUUUACCCGAAGACACCAGAGAUAACUCCAUGAGCUCCUUGGACUCUCCAGAAAUAGACGAGGCUGCAGUAAUGCAGCUGGCGGAGAUGGGCUUUCCGCUGGAGGCCUGCAGGAAGGCGGUGUACUACACGGGGAACAUGGGCCCUGAGAUGGCCUUCAACUGGAUCAUAGCCCAUAUGGAAGAGCCAGACUUUGCAGAGCCGCUCACUCUGCCUUCCAUGAUUGAUCCCGGCCCCUCCGCCGGUGACAGCCCCACGGGCGCCGCCCCGCUGGGCAACUCACCCCCCGAGGAGAGCAUUGCCAUCCUUACUUCAAUGGGCUUUCCCCGCACUCACAGCAUCCAUGCGCUCAAAGCCACGAACAAUAAUCUUGAACGAGCUCUCGACUGGAUCUUCACCCACCCGGAGGAGGAGGAGAGUGAUGCCCUUUCAGACAUGGCUGACACAGAGCCCAAUGACAACGCCUUCUCCAACGCCAACUCGCACAGCGACUCCACGCUGUCCCCAGACGGAGACGCGUCGGGCCCCAGAGUCAAAGACGGACCAGGACGAUAUGAGCUCUUUGCCUUCAUCAGUCACAUGGGAGCGUCCACGAUGUCUGGACAUUAUGUUUGUCACAUCAAAAAGGAGGGACGGUGGGUGAUCUACAACGACCACAAAGUGUGUUUGUCAGAAAGACCUCCAAAGGACUUGGGCUACAUCUACUUUUACCAUCGACUGUCGAGCAGUUAAACCGCUGCUCGCUGCGCCCGUGUCCUUUAAAUAACCACAGACCCAGAAGACUGGCAGACAACUGUGACGGCCUCAGUGGGAACGAUGGGAUAACCUCUCCGACCAGCUGCUUGCCUUAUUGUGAUGUCAUUCUGGAGCAACCAGGAACUCUGGUCAGAAGGGAAAGCGAUGUGCUUUUUGUGUAUUAGUGUUAUGCUUUAAAUGUGUAUACAUCAAUGUUUGUGUUCAAAGAAAGAACAUGUCUUUACAGUGUUGGUACAGAGGGAUCUGUGCAAUUUCUACGAAACAACGCCACAUAUCAAAUCUCAGUCUUUCUCCUCUUCUCUGCCUUCAGUCACUGUGCCGUUUUUUCUUUUUUCCCAAAGUGGUGCAUUUUAUAAAUGUGUACUUAAGUGCAGUGCUUCACUGCCAGCCCUGCUCUGAAACUGCAACAACAAACAAGAAGUUCCUGCGCUGCAGGUGGCUUUGCAUUGGGAAUGUUUUUCAUCCUGAGAAACUGGAAAGAGAUGAGGAGCGCGAUGCUCCUUCAACAGUGCAAUCCCAAGUGCGUAAAACAUUAGAAAUAUGAAGCGGAGCAUAAUUCACUAAGAAUGGAAAGGUUUUGGUUUUCCACACAUGGAAGUCACCACGUGAGUUUCAGAGUGAUAAAUGGGUAUUAACUAGAUUUGUCCUGGUUAUGCUCGAGGUCGACGCAUACGUUUGUCACAUUUAAUGAAAAACCUUCAACGCUCUGAUGCGCCGGCUGAGCUGUCAGGAUAUUAGUGUCAUUUCUGUCCCUGUUGCACUUUCUUGACUUUUUCCUGUACCUGCACUGUACUCGCCAAUCACAAACUACCAGAGCUCAUGUCUGAAGUGCGGCACUGCCAAGGAGAUUAUAUUCAUUUGAUUCGAUCUAAUUAAGGCCAGCCUGGCUGUCCAGUCGUCCCUGCUCAGGGAGGUUACAUAGUAACGUUAUGUACACUUUUGUGUACAUAAUUUUUGCUCAAAAUGCAAAAUAUCUGCAAACUCGACAUAACUGUUACUCGGCUGCACCUGGCUCACGUUGGUUCUUUUAUCACUCUGACAGAUUCGGACUGUAACCCAGAAGCUAAAGCGAUUGUUUCAGGCCAUGUAAGUUUGAAUGUUUUUGUCGAGAGCAAUAUGCACUAAUAACCAAAUCUGCUGUUGAACAGCUGUAUGAGAACAGCUGUACAGUGACCCGUACCUCCUCUGAAUGUAUACACUCGUGGUGCUCGCUGCAAACAAAACACUCAGACAUGACUGUGAUGCUACAGCUGGCCACUCUGUAGGGCCUGGUGCUGGUCUAGCCACCAGCUCUCUGCUUUGCUCACUUAUCUGCUCAGUAAUAUUCAUAAUGUACAGGAUGGAUUAAACACUGUGCUCUUGACUGUCAGUAUCUCCAUACUUGGCUUCAUAUCUUUAUUUUUAUUCAUCUCGGAGAGCGCGGUCUGCUUCCGGGAGCAUAUUUGAAGGUGGAGUUCUGCUCAAAUUAAUCGUAAUUUAUCAAACGUUGAAUUACAGUUAAUUAUUUUAGGCUCUCGUACUCAAAGGGAAGACGUGCUGUUGACAAAGAGAGUAGAAAAGCAAAGCAGAACAGCACCACGAUGGGUUCUACGGGCGUUUUUCAUUGACACAGACAAAAAACACAAAUGUAAUUUAUAUAAUAAAUCCAUAUGACUCCCCUUUAACAACACCGUGCCUCGAUUUCCCUGAGCAAAUCUUAGCCUCUUACCAGAUAAACUGUUUGUCUAUGCAUUGGGGAAUACUAAACAUCUCUAUGCAAGUCUUGUGUUUGUGCCACUCGUCGUUGCUGAGUGGGUGACAAGCUUUUGCCUAAUGAUGGGUAAACGUCUCUGCUCCUCUCGUUGUCCCGGCUCGUUGCCGUCUUUGUAUUUCUGUCCUCUUCUUUCAGCUUUCCCUCCAGCUCGGUCGCUUCCAUUCUUCUCUACCUUGUUUGAAACGUAAUGGUUCAUUUUGUCAUUUAAAAAACUGUCAGCAUGUUAACUAGAGAUUGACAUUUAGUCAUUUGGGUUGUACCGUUGUACUCUUGUGAGCUUCAUUCUCUUUUUUUUUGUGCCAGUUCUGUAGUUUUCAUUUCAGAGCUCUCCUUGAACUGAUUAUUUUAAGCUGACUUUUGUAAUGUAUCCAAAUAUGGCUUAGGUGUAUGUGAACAGAGUCAUGGCAGUACAGUGUACCAGUGGCACUGUUUACUUACGAUGUUUGGAUAAUUUAAUAAACGACAUGUUUGUUGAGA